GUCCGGCGGCGGCGAGCGUACGGCAGGGACGGGGACUCGGGCAGCGGCGACCGUCGGGGCGGGAGUGCCUCCGGGAACGCCUCCCGCCGCCACCUCGGGGUCGGGACCGGGACUGGGACCGGAGCCGGCCCCGCCAUGGGGCGGCCGCUGUGAGAGCGGCGGCGGAGGCGGCGGGGCUUCGCCUCUCGCCCCGGCCGGGGAUCCCUCCAUUGUUCCCGGGAGCGGAGGGACCGCGCGGGGCUCCGCUCGGAGGGGCUGGCAGCCCGGUGGAGACCCCUCCCCGUGCCCGCCCGGGGCCAGCCCAGGGUCCCCAUGGAGUGGGAGUUGCGGAGCCCAGUCGCCGAGCAGUAGCUGCAGCAGUGGGAUGUUUACCUGGAGGUGCCUCAUCCUUUGGGCUGUGCUGGUCACAGCCGCGCUCUCCGCUGCCAGGCCGGUGCCCACCUUGCCCGACCAAGCCCUGCCCAAAGCACAAAUCGAAGUGGAGUCCUACUCAGCCCACCCUGGCGACCUCCUCCAGCUGCGCUGCCGGCUGAGGGAUGACGUCCAGAGCAUCAACUGGGUGCGCGACGGCAUCCAGCUGGAGGAGAACAACCGAACGCGCAUUACCGGGGAGGAGGUAGAGGUCAGGGACGCGGUGCCCGAGGACUCAGGGCUCUAUGCCUGCAUGACCAACAGCCCCUCGGGGAGUGAGACCACCUACUUCUCCGUCAACGUCUCAGACGCUCUCCCUUCUGCUGAAGAUGAUGAUGAUGAAGAUGAUUCCUCUUCGGAGGAGAAGGAGGCUGAUCACACCAAGCCCAACCAGGCCAUUGCUCCCUACUGGACCUAUCCUGAGAAGAUGGAGAAGAAGCUCCACGCUGUCCCUGCUGCCAAGACGGUGAAGUUCAAGUGCCCCUCGAGCGGGACCCCCAACCCCACCCUGCGCUGGCUGAAGAACGGCAAAGAGUUCAAACCCGACCACCGCAUCGGGGGGUACAAGGUGCGCUACGCCACCUGGAGCAUCAUCAUGGACUCGGUGGUGCCCUCUGACAAGGGCAACUACACCUGCAUCGUGGAGAACAAGUAUGGGAGCAUCAACCACACCUACCAGCUGGAUGUUGUGGAGCGGUCCCCGCACCGGCCCAUCCUGCAGGCAGGGCUCCCUGCCAACAAGACCGUGGCCCUGGGCAGCAAUGUGGAGUUCGUCUGCAAGGUGUACAGCGACCCCCAGCCCCACAUCCAGUGGCUGAAGCACAUCGAGGUGAACGGCAGCAAGAUCGGCCCCGACAACCUGCCCUACGUGCAGAUCCUGAAGACCGCAGGCGUUAACACCACAGACAAAGAAAUGGAAGUGCUGCACUUAAGGAAUGUCUCUUUUGAGGAUGCUGGGGAGUAUACUUGUUUGGCGGGUAACUCUAUUGGCAUCUCCCAUCACUCUGCAUGGUUGACAGUUCUCGAAGCUAUUGAGGACACCCCAGCCAUGAUGACCUCCCCACUCUACCUGGAGAUCAUCAUCUACUGCACCGGGGCCUUCCUCAUCUCCUGCAUGGUGGUGACAGUCAUCAUCUACAAGAUGAAGAGCACCACCAAGAAGACAGACUUCAACAGCCAGCUGGCAGUGCACAAGCUGGCCAAGAGCAUCCCCCUGCGCAGACAGGUAACAGUGUCUGCUGACUCCAGCUCCUCCAUGAACUCGGGGGUGAUGCUGGUGCGGCCCUCGCGCCUCUCCUCCAGCGGCACCCCCAUGCUGGCAGGGGUCUCCGAGUACGAGCUCCCCGAGGACCCCCGCUGGGAGCUGCCCCGGGACAGGCUGAUCCUGGGCAAGCCCCUGGGAGAGGGCUGCUUCGGGCAGGUGGUGCUGGCAGAAGCCAUUGGCCUCGACAAGGACAAGCCCAACCGCGUGACCAAGGUGGCGGUGAAGAUGCUCAAGUCUGACGCCACAGAGAAGGACUUGUCCGACCUGAUCUCGGAGAUGGAGAUGAUGAAGAUGAUUGGCAAGCACAAGAACAUCAUCAACCUGCUGGGCGCCUGCACACAGGACGGACCCCUCUAUGUGAUCGUGGAGUACGCGAGCAAGGGCAACCUGCGGGAGUACCUGCAGGCGCGGCGGCCCCCGGGCAUGGAGUACUGCUACAACCCCGCCCGGGUGCCCGAGGAGCAGCUCUCCUUCAAGGACCUGGUCUCCUGUGCCUACCAGGUGGCCCGGGGCAUGGAGUACCUGGCCUCCAAGAAGUGCAUCCACAGGGACCUGGCGGCCAGGAACGUGCUGGUGACAGAGGACAACGUGAUGAAGAUUGCUGACUUCGGGCUGGCCCGGGACAUCCACCACAUCGAUUACUACAAGAAGACCACAAACGGUCGGCUGCCAGUGAAGUGGAUGGCCCCCGAGGCUCUGUUUGACCGCAUCUACACCCACCAGAGCGACGUGUGGUCCUUUGGUGUGCUGCUGUGGGAGAUCUUCACCCUGGGUGGCUCACCCUACCCUGGUGUGCCUGUGGAGGAGCUCUUCAAGCUGCUGAAGGAAGGGCACAGGAUGGACAAGCCCAGCAACUGCACCAACGAGCUGUACAUGAUGAUGAGGGACUGCUGGCACGCUGUGCCCUCCCAGAGACCUACCUUCAAGCAGCUGGUGGAAGACCUGGACAGGAUCGUGGCCAUGACCUCCAACCAGGAGUACCUGGACCUCUCCAUGCCCCUGGACCAGUACUCUCCUGGCUUCCCGGACACGCGCAGCUCCACCUGCUCCUCGGGGGAGGACUCUGUCUUCUCGCACGACCCUCUCCCGGACGAGCCCUGCCUGCCCAGGCUGCCCCCCCAGCACACCAACGGCGGACUGAAGCGGCACUGAGGGCGGCACUGCCAGCAGGGACUGCCACGCCCUGCCACGCCCUGCCCUGCCCUGCGCAGCAGAGCUGAGCUAGAGCCGGAGGGCUUCAGAGACACAGCCCUGGCAUCUCACCUCACCCAGCUCCUGUGCCAGCUUCUCCUGCCACCGCAGCCGUGAGCUCUCUGCAGCCCAAGGGGUCUCUUCUGCUGGGUUUUUGCCGUUCCCUUUGGGAUCUUCUCUUUAUUCCCUUUGAAACCUCUUUCCCACGAGGUCUGCGCUCCAAAUAGCUCCACUUGGCGAAGCUGAGACCCUCUCCUGCGGGCAUCACCCUGCCGGGCAGCCCACCCCAGGAUGUCCCCCUCCUGGCACGGCAGGGCAGAGCAGAGCAAGGCAGGGAUCAUCCCCCACCCACCGCGGCGCAAAGAACUCAGCGAGCUGCCAGCAGCUGGCACCAGCAGCGCCCUGCCCAGCAGCGCCCUGCCCAGCAGCGCCAGGAGCCCGGCAGAGCUGCCAGUGCCUGGGGACGGGGGAGGGCUGAGCGCUGGGGGGCAGCCAAAGCAGAGCAGUGCAGAGCUGCUGUGUACAUACCUAAAGAUAAUGUAUAAAUAUGAAUAUAUAUUUACAGGGCUUCUUUGUUUUGGCUGGGGGGGGCGGGGGGAGGUUGUUCCCAGAGCUAUGCCAAGUGUGCUAGGAAGGUACUAGUGGCUGGUAGGGAUCAGUUGCUGUGAGGAAGAAGAAGAAGAAGAAGAGGAAAGGGGAGGAAAAAAAAAAGAAAAGGAGAAAAAAAAAAAAGAAAGAAACCAAAAACAAAAAAAGAGAAAAAAGAGGAGAAGGGAGGGGAAAGUUCAUCUAUUUUGCUACUUUUGCUGGGUUUAUUUUUUUAAGUUAUGUUCUAAACCUCUGCAGUUUAGGUCCCUGGUUAAGAGUUGCUGCUGCUGCUGCUGCUGCUUUGUGUGGGGCUGUCCAUGAAGCUGGCAUUGCCUUCGGGGCAGAUCUUGUCCCUGUGUGCCUGGCCCCGCCCUGGCCUCUCACAUUCCACAUCCCUACCCCCCCACCCCCGCCAAGGGCUAGGGCUGGGCAUUGCCCGUGGCACGGUGGUGGUAGGUGGGGUGGGGUGGAUGUGCUCUGUGGGUUUGGCAGUGCCCGGAUGGUGCCCUUGGGAGGGGGUGGGCGCCGCUUGGGAAGGAGUUGGGGGACCCACAGCCAGCCCUCUGCAAGACAGAGGGGUGGUGCCACGUGGUGCCAACCCAUCCAGCCCGGCUGGGUGCCCAGUCCCUAAGCCACUGUGCCCUGGGUGAUGCCCACCAGUGCCUUACUGGCCCUUGUCCAGGGCAUUGCCUUCGUGCAGGACACUGUCCCCAUCUAGGACAAUGUCCUUGUGCAGGGCUCUGUCCUCCUCCAGGGCACUGUGCCACCCAGCUCUGUCCAGACGUGCCCUCUGGUCUCUGUCCUGGAGGCAGCUGUGGUGCCCAGCUGCCCAAGCUUGGCUCCACAGAGCUGGUGCCACUUUGCUGUGCCAGGGGGGAUGGGGCAUUUCCCUGGGUGGGGGCCAGCCCCUCACCAGGGCAAGGGGGCACAUGUGCCCCCCUCCCUCCCUGGCACUGGCUGGAGGCUCCGGAGCCAGGAUGCUGUUACUUGAAAAGUUUCUUUUGCCUUUGUAUGGAGAAAUAUUUGUUGUAAACUCUUCUGUAAUGGACCUGCAACUCCUCUGAUGAUUAAAGACUUUAACCCAG